ACAUCCUAUCAUGGACUCGAAAGAGAGUGAAAGUAUAGCAGUUACUGAUGCAAAGGCCGCAGCCAAAGGAAAGGCUGCAGAACGUGCUCCUUCGACUGCUGUGGUCGCCACGAAAUCCAAACUACAGACUAGAAGAGGAACAAAAAGAGGUCUAGCAAUCGUAGACUUGGUCAUGAGGCUUGGUGCCAGUGCAGCUGCUUUUGCUGCUGCUUACACUACAGGCAAUGCUGAGCAGAUCCUUCCCUUCUUCACACAGUUCCUCCAGUUCCAUGCUCAAUACAAUGAUCUCCCUACUUUCACGUACUUUAUUGUUGCAAAUGCUAUAGCUGUUGGCUAUAUAGGCUUCUCCAUGCCCUUCUCCAUUGUAUGCAUCAUUCGACCACGAGCUACAGGACCAAGGCUUCUACUAGUUAUCUUUGACACGGUGAUGAUUGCUCUAUUGAUAUCUGAUGCCGGAGCUUCAACUGCGAUUGUCUACUUGCUUCAUAACGGAAAUUCGGACUCCAAUUGGCUUGCUAUUUGUUCGCAAUAUAGUGACUUUUGCCAGACACUUAGUGGGGCGGUUGUGGCUUCAUUCGUCGCUGCGGCAUUUUUCUUUUUGCUGGUUGUGAAUUCUACAUUUGCUCUAAAGAAGUAAUGCAUGAGAAGGGAGGCAUCUUGUUGGGUAUGAUAAACCUUCAACAGAAAGAAAGAAGCCGUGGAGAAGACCCACCGUGAAAAGAGAAACAGCAAGAGUUCUUCUAUGUUUCCGGCUUUCAUAUUAUUACGUGUGGUGUGUUAAAUCAAUUGCAUGGUAUCCGAGUGAUGUACAUUAUUAAAGUAAUUUAUGGGAAGACCACUAAACGCAG